AUGAUAUCAAGACUAUUGAGGUACAGCGUUAUACGGACUACUAUACCCAGAGCAACCAUAAUAAGACGUAACCCUAUAAACCUUGUACGUUUCAAUCAUACUAAAGAUGAUAAUGAAUUUUCAAAUACGGAAAAUGGUUUGAAAAGUGAAUCAAACAAUUCAGAUUAUGACCUUCAUACAUUACUUGAUUUUGAUGAUAAAGCAGGUAUAAGUAAUGAAGAUUUCGAUAAAGAGUUAGAAACAUUGUUCAAAAUUACAGAAAAGUCAGAAAAGACUAACGAAGUUGAAGAAUUACUCAAAUCAAUCGAUGAACCUGAUAUCAACCAAGAGAAAGAAUUUUUCAAAGACUUGUUCUCAUCACUUGAUGAAUCAUACAACAAUACACAAAAAUCACCCAGAAGCUUUGGAGUUAACUUAGGAUCUGAAUUUGAAAAACAACUUAACGAAAAAUUGAAGAACAUCCUUGAACCUACUUUGAAUGAAAUAAAUCAAGUUAAAACUAAGAAUGAAAUGAUUUUGUUAUUGAAUUCAUACGUUAAUGAGAUUAACUUCGAUACUGCUAUAAUUGAUAAUGACAAAAAGCCAAGAAUUGAAGAUUACCAAUCAAUAUUUGAUGACAUUUCUGAAAAUUAUACUCAAAAUGGUAAGGUUCUAUUAAAUAAUUUGACCAUACCUGUUAUCUUGAACGAAUUCUUAAAGAUAUCCAACACCAAAUUCAAUGACGGCCAGUUGACGCUAACCAUCUUCAACUAUGUGAAAAUAAAUUUGAAACUUUUCAUCGUUGCUUGUAAUCAAGACACCUACAACGAAAUAAUUAAAACUAUUUGGAUCUACAUGGGAAAAUCAAGCAUCAAUGAAAUCGAUUCUACUGUGACAGAAAUGUUGAACAAUGGUUUCUCUGGUAAUUUGGAUACUUUUAACAUUCUCAAUAAGAUCUUAUUAGAUUACUAUGAAGUUAAAGAAGGUAAGUUUAGAUUAUUCGAUACUAAUUUACCCAUUUGGAACAAGUAUGAUGAAAAAAGAGUCAAGAGUCUAGAAGAAAAACGUACCCAUAUAUCCAAUAUCAUCAGAAAACAACUUUCCUGA